ACAUAUUUCUUGUUGUUCUAUAAUAUUUUCCUGGGCUUCGCCUCCUGUUUGAUGCGUGUCACCAAGUCUUUGAUGAUAGGCACCCUGAUGAUGUCAAGACUGGACAUAAGUGUUUUACCAGACGAGUUUCACUCUUUCGACUCAGGUACUCUUUAA